AUGGCUGCUAAGAAAAGUCCUUUGAAAGUCUUAGCGGCGCUGGUUCACAAUGAAACGGAAAACUUACUACCUCUAACGUUCUACUCAAUGGAAGGAAUCCCGUAUAGGAAGAGAUUUUUUGUUGAAUUUUCUCAAUAUAAUGAUAGCAACUUACCAUUGAAGGUGACACUGAAACCAAAAUAUCAGGGUUUGAUAACUAGUUUGGUCCUAUUCAAGGUAGAAUUUGAAGACCACAAUCCGUUCACCGUUGAAAAGUGGCUCGAAAUUUUCAUCAUCCCAGACCCUAGCGAGGAGUUCAGCGUACUGAUCAAAGGUGGAGCCAUCUCCAUGGAUAUCAGAGAAAGUGUAUUGGAUUACGUCAUGAUCAACAAUCACCUCAGACUGCUGCAUCUCGACACGAAGGUUCUCGAGCUGCCGAACAAGCCAAAGUCGUUAAGUCCUAAUGUAGUCACCAAGCAGCCGACAUCUUUCUCUAAAAUAACCAACCUCUCAAUGGAAACGCUGAAUGCACCGAGUUUUCUCAACCUGCAGUAUAAUAACCAGGAGACUGGAGAUUGGAAAAACACCUCAGAUUUUGAUGAGGAGGUAACGAUUUGGAAGAAUAAUUUUUAUAAAAUUUGGUACAUCGUAAAUACAUUCUAUAUUUUUUUCGUUUGUUUUAAGGCGGAUAAAAAAUCAAAUUAUCGAGUUACUAUCGAAGAAAACAUCAGCAGCAGCAGCAAUAAAAAUUACUUGCAAAACGCCAGCAGUGAUAUUUUUGUAGAUGCUCUUUCGAAGAACAAGUAUAUCGAACGAUACAUUAAGAAGAAGGUUAGAAGUUCAAAGAAUUCAUCUGGAAGGAAUCUCAUAGAAAGUUUCUCAAACACAAAAUGGGCCGACGAGGAGGUGAGGAACGCUUACAACUACAUGAAAAAUGAGCUAACUAGACGCCCAUACAAAAACGCAAUCAAGCGAGUCAUGCAUCACAAAUUUCGACACGCCUACGAGGUUUUAGCUGACGAGCAAAGACGGUAUCUGUACAAACGAUUCAUUUACAGCAGUUGGAAGCGCAUCAAAUUCACCAAAUUUUUUUGUUGCACCGACAAAAAAUGUUCCAGACAGUUUCACAGCUUAUUCUUUAUUAUUAUGAUCAUAAACGUAGUCGCUCAGAUCUAUUUUUUUGCCGAAGCAUCAAAGAAGAGACUGUACAAUUUCACAUGGAGAUCAAUUUUUGAAAGCACUGCAGUCCUUUUCGCCUCCCUUAACGAUUUCUUGCUGUCCUCUACAGCGGACUACCCUUACGAAGAGAAAAUAAUGUGCUGCGUGUAUCCGGAAUGCAAUUGCUUCUUUUUGAAUCCGCCCACCUUCAUCCCAUUCCUCUUCAUAAGCCUCUUGUUCGACCUCCUGUGCGGAACGGGAAUGUCGCUGGUGACGGUCGACUUGUACGACGUGCUCGACAACAAGUACCGAUUGCCACUCAUCCUCGUCGACGCGAUUUGCUCCACUCUCAUGAUCACGCUCAUCGGCGUCAUUAAUGAUUUAAAAAAGAAGAUAGUGGCCGAAGCAUUCCUCGGCCGACUCUAUCCCAGCAUAACUUUGUGCAUCGCCGUUUUUAGAAAUUUAACUGAAACAAUGGUCUCCGUCGUUGCGUUCGGAGCUUUCGGUGGCACAAUUUGUGGAUUAAUAAAAAGCAAAAUUAAUCUGGAAGAAACUGGUCUGGAUGAAUUUUUUUUUUACUACUUCCAAAUGUCGAACGCUUCUCUGAAAAUCGUGAAAAUGUUUGCAUCGGCCAUCAGAGGCCUGUGCCGUCAGCUCGGUCACGUCAUAAAAAGGACGAUGGAAACAAGAUAUGAACGCGAACUGCCUGCAUUCAGCCAAAUACAGCUAAGGAAGCGCACAAGUUUGGUCGAAAAAACAGAUGAAUUAACUCGCCUGCGUGACAAUUCAAUCGAUCGAACUGCAGUUGUAAGACCGGUGAUCAUUAACAUAGCCGGACCCCACUAUGCCGACCACAAAAGUUUGAACACUGCCGGGAGCAACAGCAGCGAACGAGUUGACAACGAAACAACUGACCUGAUUGAUGAUGAGGAUUGGAUGUUCUAUGAAGAGGGUGACCAUAAUGAAGAUGAAAAUGUUACCUCACCAGCGUCUGAAAACACAAACGCAAAUAAACUCGUAGAAGGUUCAAAGUUAAACAGCUACUACGUCUCAAAAGAUGAUUUCAAUUUUAUCACAUUCGACAACAAGAGCGGGUUUUUAACGGUAGUCAUCGUAAGCGGCGAAGAGAUGGCUAGGCCGAUAGUUUUAGAAGAUUUGGAAUCGAUAACGAUACCGAAGAGCAUCAACAACGUGAAGUUACACUUUCGGACGUUGAGAAUCAUUCCGCACUGCGUUCCAUACUUUUGCAAAUGUCCUUGCAAUCUGAAUCGGCCGAUCUGCAACGGCUGUCUCGGCUGUUGCUUCCGACUGAGACUAACGAACAUGUUCUGCGACUGGCCCUAUCACCUCUGCUGGAAAACACUGCCGGAAUGGAAUAGAGAGAUUGACUACGGACCAAGUUGCGCUCGAUGCUUGAAGCGUUUCAAUAUAUUCUGCUGUAUAUAUCCUGGUAGGGGUUAUGAGGUGAAACAUACGAGUCAGAGGGUGUAUGUUGUCCAUACUCUCUGCACCAAGCGGAGUCUGAUCGAAGAGAGGGAUAUAUUCGAGGAGGUCAUUGUGGUGUGA